UGAUUAGACCGUACGAGCGUGCGGUCGUCGUUUAAUUCUCGUCUCGCUGUUCUCGUUUCCUAUUUCACAGUUCGAUACGAUACGAUUGUGUUGAUUUCGCGCGUUUUGUCGCUGCGCGCGCGUUGUAGAUGUUUAUGCGACUGUGUGUGAGUGUGUGCGAGUGUCAGUGUGAGUGUCAGUGUCUGUGAAUUUAUUUAACAACGCGCGCUAUUCAGCCUAAUAUAUAUAAAUACGUAUAUUGAUAUAAAUAAUUAAGCUACAUAUACACAUGUGAAAUUUGUCCAAAUUGCCAAGAGCAGUAGCAACAAUAACAACAACAGAAGCAGUAAAAGCACCAACAACAACAGCAACAACAACGACAUCAACUGGGUGGCAACAAGAGCCUACAAUCAUUCGGGUGCCGGCAACAAGUGGAAAGCGGAACGCGUUUUGCCUGCAUUGGGCAGGCAAUCGUAGCGCGCAGCUGGCGGCUGUGAGUUUUCCUUUGCGGGUUUUCUGGCUAUUUUCUUUGCCAUGGUAAGCCACAAUGCGAAAAUUGUGAAAACGGAAAAUGGCACGAACGCGUCCAUUAUUGUAACUCGAGGCAGCGACUCUGGCGGUGGAAAUGCAAUGCAACCUAUGAAGACAACGACGACAGAAGCGACGACGAUCAUGGCAACUACUACAAUGGCAUUGUCCACAUCCCUGGCCGAGUUGAGUGACCAGGAGAAUGGUACAACGGCUGAGGAUAUACACCUAAACGAUUUAUAUACACGCUAUCGGCAGAGGCUGCGCAAGUCGCUGUUCAGAUCGGGGCUGCUGACAUCGCUGGUAGCAUGCGUCGUAUCCAUAAUAAUUGGUAUCGUUUACGACCAGCACCUGAUGCAAACACUGUUGCUGGUGGUGGCGGCCCUAAUCUCUGGCUCAAUACUGACGGCUCUACAGUUUCCGGCCGUGCUCAGCUCACCGGCAGCAGCUCUGGCCUUUGCCAUUGUUACCACCUUCUCGCUGGGCACCAUUGCGGCAAUCACUGGCAGCGAGUUGGCUCCUCUGCCCAUGUACGCUCUGUUUCUGGGCAUUCAUACGAUGCUGCCUAUUUCCUGGCCCGUCUCUGUGGUGCUAGCCCUAUUUAUGACUGCCAUACACAUCGGGUACAGAUUCGGUUGCCCAGAAGAUGAAGAUGGACCUGAUUUGGCCAUGCUCUUUGGCGAGAUUGUGAUGCUGGCCAGCGCAUCCGUUUCCGGUCUGUACUAUCGCAUCAUGUCGGAUGCGGCACAUAAUCGCACAGUUGACGGCACACGCACGGGCAUCGAGCAGCGUGUGAAGCUCGAGUGCGAGCGAGAGCAGCAGGAGCAGCUGCUCCUCAGCGUUAUACCCGCUUACAUAGCCGCCGAGGUUAAACGCAGCAUUAUGCUGAAGAUGGCGGAUGCGUGUCAACGUGCCGGCGGACAGGCUUCAACGUCAGCGACGCGCUUCCACGAGCUGCACGUGCAACGCCACACGAAUGUCACAAUACUUUUCGCAGACAUUGUAAACUUUACGCCGCUGUCAUCGUCACUCACAGCCAGCGAUUUGGUCAAAACACUCAACGAUCUCUUUGGUCGCUUCGAUCAAAUUGCACAGGAGAACCAAUGUCUGCGCAUUAAGAUUCUGGGCGAUUGCUAUUAUUGUGUGUCGGGUUUGCCCAUUUCACGGCCACAGCACGCUACCAAUUGCGUCAACAUGGGCCUGCAAAUGAUCGAUGCCAUCAGACACGUGCGUGAGGCAACCGGCAUAAAUGUUGACAUGCGAAUUGGCAUACACACGGGCAAUGUGCUCUGCGGUGUCCUUGGCCUACGCAAGUGGCAAUUUGAUGUUUGGAGCGAUGAUGUUACCCUGGCCAACCACAUGGAGAGCGGCGGCGUUGCGGGCCGUGUGCACAUCACGAAGCAAACUUUGGACUUUCUGGGCGAUAAAUUCGAGGUGGAACAAGGCGAGGGAGGCGGACGCGAUGCCUACCUAGCAGACCAUAAAAUCGAAACCUAUCUCAUUGUGCCACCCAAGCCCGCCUACAUGCAGAGUGUGCCACGCGUGGUCGAGUGCAUUGAGAACGCAGAUCCACCCCACGAGCCAACAACGCCAGUCAAAGAGGAUGGCGAUGUCACCGAGAAGCUGCUACCCGCUGUCGAGUCGCGUUCUCCGGUUACAACCACCGUCGAGGCUCCCGAGAAGCUGUCGCCCACUUCCACCAACAGUCAGGAUGCUGCAUUGCAUGCACCGCUGACCUCGGCCGCCUCCAUGUCCAUCAAGGAGCUGUCCGAAGAGGAGGAAGAUGCCGCUGCCACCGAACCGUUGGUUGGCCACACACAAUCAGAGCAGGAGCAACUGGUCAAUAAUGAGGCACCAUUACCGACUAUUGUGCAUCGUGGCAGCGGUGACUCUGCUGCCUCGGAAUCUGCCCCGAAAUCAGCAGCUCUAUCGCUGCCUGCCGAGGAUCUGCUUAGCAUGAGUGGCAGUGAGAGUGGCAUCUCCAACGGCGGCACUCCCGCAGCAUCUGCAUCCAAUGCGGUCAGCACGCCCACCACAACAACGGCAGCUGCUUCGACAGCUGGCACCAACAGUCUAACAGUAGCCGAAGCUCCCGAACGCUCGCGUCGCAAAUUGUCUGUUCAAGGUCUGAUGUCCUUUGCCGACAGACGACGCUCCUCCGGCGCCUUCAUCGAGGGACGCAAGCUGUCCAUACACAGUGGCGAAAGUUUUCGCAGUCAUGCGGGUCAUGUCACACGCAAUCGGCCCUCAUCGAAGAUGACCAAAUAUGUGGAGUGCUGGGGUGCCGAUCGACCCUUUGCCAACAUUGCCGAAUCGAAGCUGGUCAAGAAUAUUGGACUUGCGAGCAUUGCCAUGAUUGAAUCAAAUUUGCUGCCGCCGGAGCGUAAAUGUUUCAAUUUUAACUUCUUUGGGCCGCCCACGGAGCUGAAGCCGCUGACCAUGUGGUAUCGCAACACGCCUCGGGAGGCCAUGUACCGUGAGCAGCCGGAUACGCAUUUCCGCUACGACCUGAUAUGCGCCUUUGUCCUCUUCGUCUCCCUGGCCGUCGUCCAGUUGAUUGUAAUUGAAUUGAAUCUGGCUCUGGUCGGUUCGCUGCUCGCCAGUUUCAUUUCGCUGUCGCUGUUCCUCUACCUGAGCAACAUGUCUGUGCCGGAUGUGCACGCAUCGACCACGGAGCGCAAUGGUCCUGGACAGGUUGUGGCCAGCAGUCGCUAUCUGCGCUUGGCCAUGUUUAUCAUCGUCAACAUACUCGUCUCUUCAUGUGCCGUAUUCAGCGUGAUCAACUAUUCACUGACCGAUGAAGAACCGUUGCUUAUGGAGAGCAACAACAGCACGAACAUCACCAGCAAUGCGUACAACAAUAACACCAACACACUGCCGGUGGAAUCAUUUAAGCCGUUGGAUAUUGAUAUUGACUUAGCACCCAUUUUUCUCUUCUGCUGCGCCAUUAGCUUGGCGGCAAUAUCGGCAUUUCUGCGAUCUGGAUUCAUACUCAAGCUGAUCACUAUGCUGCUGGCGGUGAUCGGACAGAUGCUCGUGCUCCGCUAUAGCGAUCUCUAUGAACAGUACAAUCUAGUCCACAAUUACAAUAGCUUGCCGCUAGAAGUAAAGGGGUUUCUGCUGUUGCUGCUCGUGAUUGCUGUGCUACACACGCUGGAUCGCCAAGGUGAAUAUGUGGCACGCACCGAUUUUCUGUGGAAGGCCAAGUUGAAGGUCGAACAGGAGGAGGUGGAGACCAUGCGAGGCAUCAAUAAGAUAUUGCUGGAGAACAUAUUGCCAGCUCACGUUGCCACGCACUUUCUGCAUCUGGAGCGUUCAAUGGAACUGUAUCACGAGAGCUACUCAUGUGUGGCAGUAAUGUUCGCCUCCAUACCCAACUAUAAAGAGUUCUACGAUGAGACCGAUGUCAACAAACAGGGACUCGAGUGUUUGCGUUUACUCAACGAGAUCAUUUGUGACUUUGAUAAGUUACUUUUGAAACCCAAAUUCAGUGGCAUCGAAAAGAUUAAAACUAUAGCCAGCACCUAUAUGUGUGCAUCGGGUCUAAGACCUGGCAAGGAGGAUGGCGCUACGUCGCGUAGCUUUGCGGAUGAGAAACGCACUGAGGAGCACAACGUGGUCAUAUUGGUUGAGUUUGCGAUUGCUUUGAUGUCCAUAUUGGAUUCAAUAAAUCGCGAAUCGUUCCAACGUUUCCGUUUGCGCAUCGGACUGAAUCACGGCCCGGUAAUUGCGGGCGUGAUUGGCGCCCAGAAGCCACAAUAUGACAUCUGGAGCAACACCGUCAAUGUGGCAUCCCGCAUGGAUUCGUGCGGCGUCAUGGGACGCCUUCAGACUACGGAGAAUACAGCUAAGAUAUUAAUGGCCGCCGGAUACGAAUGCGAAUGCCGGGGCCUCACCUAUGUCAAGGGCAAGGGGAAUCUAGUCACAUAUUUUGUAAAGACACCAUUCGAUGGUAAAUUGUAAUUGCGAUGCGAUGCGACCAGUUGGCCAGCGCAAUUUGUUGUUAAUAAUAAUGCUAUUUAUCAUUAUUGUAUGUAUAGGCAUAUUUAUGUUAAGGCAUGUUGUUAUUUAUUUUCAAAAAUAUAUUUUAAGAAUUUUAAGCAUUUAAUCUACGUUGCACACUAGGAAUUAUAUUAAGUCAAUACAUUUGUUUUAGUUAGAUUUUUAAUUGUUAUUUAGCACGAUUUAUUGUUGGCAAUUAGUAAUCAGCAGAGUAGCUCACUUAAACAGCGAAUAAUUAUAUGACGAUAAAUUAUACUAUUAUGUAAACAAAAUGACAACUACUCAUGCAUACUAAUCUACUUAUAAUACUAUUAAAUAUUUAAUGAAAUUUAUGCAAAACUAACCCGACAAAUGGAAAGAUACAAAUGCAAUUUAGCCCACCCCUCAACAAAAGAAAAUGAAGAAAUAAUUAACGAUAACAAGAUUAUACUACAAAAAUAGAAUUUAACCAUAUUUAUUGUAUUAACGUUUUUCCAAUAGAUUCUGUUCGUAAUUAUUCGUUAUUCGCGUCUAUUGGAGAAAUGCUUAAAUUUAUAAAUCGUUAACUAAACAAUGUGCCAUCACAGGUCGAACACAACGCGGUUAAAAUAUAAUUUCAACGACCUCAAGCUAAAUUCUAUCAACAAGAUUUAAACUACUUAUGAUAUAAUGUAAAUUUUAUAAACUUUUCUACUAUCACACCUCAAUACACCAAAUGGAUCUGCUGACAAUGAUUUGAAUAUUGCACACGUAUUCGUUUAUAUUCAGCAGGUAUUCAAACUGAACAUAUCCCAACCAAUAUGCUAUACCUCCGACUCUUAAACUAUGGAAACUGUACUCUAUGCAUAUCUCUGUAAUUGCUAUCAAAAAUUUACAAUUAACCACAGAUAUUAUCGAAAUAUUUACGAAUGUAUUUACGAGUCAAAUAUAUUCAUUUGAAUAUGAAAUCGGAUGUUUCAUUAGCUUGUUAUUAAGA